AUGUCGAAAGCUGGAGCACUGGAUCUCGCAUCAGGUGUUGGUGGAAAGAUUGACAAAACCGAAGUUCUCUCUGCUGUUGAAAAGUAUGAGAAGUAUCAUGUCUGUUAUGGAGGUGAAGAGGAAGCAAGAAAAUCUAACUAUACUGACAUGGUUAAUAAAUAUUAUGAUCUUGUUACCAGCUUUUAUGAGUAUGGCUGGGGAGAGUCUUUCCACUUUGCACCCAGAUGGAAAGGGGAGUCUCUUCGAGAGAGUAUCAAGCGACAUGAGCACUUCCUUGCUUUACAACUAGGACUGAAACCUGGACAGAAAGUUCUGGAUGUAGGUUGUGGAAUUGGAGGACCACUGAGGGAAAUAGCUCGCUUCAGCUCAGCAUCAAUUACUGGGUUGAACAACAAUGAAUAUCAGAUCACAAGAGGAAAGGAACUAAACCGUAUCGUAGGAGUGGACAAGACCUGCAAUUUUGUAAAGGCUGACUUCAUGAAACUACCUUUUUCUGAGAAUUCAUUUGAUGCAGUAUAUGCAAUUGAAGCUACCUGCCAUGCACCGGAUGCAUAUGGAUGCUACAAGGAGAUCUACAGAGUAUUAAAACCCGGUCAAUGUUUUGCUGCAUAUGAGUGGUGCAUGACUGAUGCAUUCCAUCCCAAUAACCAAGAACAUCAAAAAAUUAAGGCGGAAAUUGAGAUUGGUGAUGGCCUCCCAGACAUCAGAUUGACAGGAAAGUGUCUUGAAGCUUUGAAACAAGCCGGUUUUGAGGUGAUAUGGGAGAAUGAUCUUGCAGUGGACUCACCUCAACCUUGGUACUUGCCUUUGGACAAAAGUCGGAUUUCAUUUAGUAGCUUUCGUCUAACAGCUGUUGGGCGUUUUAUUACUAAAAACAUGGUCAAGGCUUUAGAAUUUGUUGGACUUGCACCACCAGGAAGCCAAAGGGUUCAAGAUUUUCUGGAGAAAGCAGCUGAAGGGCUAGUAGAAGGUGGAAAGAGAGAGAUUUUCACACCAAUGUAUUUCUUCUUGGCCCGGAAGCCGCUUUCAGAGAGUCAGUAA